UCCUUUCUCGUAUAUACCAGCAGGAGGCAGUAUUGCGCAGGAUGUCGUCUGAACUACAGACAUUAACCAGACCCUCGUUUGGUGACUGGAGUGACGUUAUGCUAGCUAAUUGCUAACUAUUUGGAUUUCAGGAAAACAGAUAAAAAAGAUAACAUAAUUUUGGGAUGCUAAUCAGCCGUGAGUCGUAAUAACCUAUGUUUCGUGUACUUACCUGCCGGCCCGUCAUAAGGUUGACCGGGCUUAAACUUGUUGGAUGAUUCUCCUGAAUUAGUAGCUAAAGGGCCCUGAGUCCGCGGUGCUUGGGUGAACGACAACCGGGGAUCACCGCCUUCUGAGAGAGGGAGCAUCGAGCUACAGGCUAGCUAGUAAUACGAGGUUUGAGUUAUUAUCAAGAUUGGCUGCACAGAAACUUCUCCUGAACAUGUCACACACCGGACCCCCUCCUCGAUGGCGGAAUUGUCCCAGAAGAGGACAACCUGUGGCAGGUAAAUUCCUGCCAAUGAAAACGAUGUUGGGACCCAGAUAUGAUGACCAAGUUGCAGAGGAGAACAGGUUUCACCCGAGCAUGCUGUCUAACUAUUUAAAAAGUCUAAAGGUGAAAAUGGGUUUGCUUGUGGAUUUGACGAACACUACGCGUUUUUACGACCGCAACGACAUUGAAAAAGAAGGCAUUAAAUAUUUGAAGCUUCAGUGUAAAGGCCAUGGAGAAUGCCCUUCAAAAGAGACAACUUCAUUGUUCAUUAGGCUCUGUGAAGAUUUUGUCGAGAAGAAUCCCACAGAAUUAAUAGGUGUUCACUGCACGCAUGGCUUCAACCGGACCGGCUUUCUGAUGUGUGCAUACUUGGUGGAGAAGAUGGACUGGAGCAUCGAGGCAGCUGUGGCUGCUUUCUCCCAGGCCCGGGCCCCGGGGAUCUACAAGGGAGAGUACCUCAAAGAGCUUUUCCGUCGCUAUGGCGACGAAGAGGACGCGCCCCCUGCCCCUGAGCUCCCCGAGUGGUGCUUCGACGACGACGACGGGGAUGUGGAUGACGACGGUAACGCGGUUGGCCAGGAGUCGGGCCCCAGCUCCUCUGGGUCAGCGCCUGGCAAACGAAAGAAAGAGAAGCUAAAACUGGGUGCGGUAUUCCUUGAAGGCAUCACUGUAAAAGGCGUCACACAAGUCACCACACAACCCAAACUAGGAGAGAUCCAAAGAAUGUGUCAGCGGAUGGCCGAGUGGGACAAGUCUGGGUUUCCUGGUGCUCAGCCUGUGUCCAUGGACAGGCAAAACCUUCGUUUCCUGGAACAGAAUCCAUACAAAGUCAGCUGGAAGGCUGAUGGCACAAGGUACAUGAUGUUGAUCAACGGGAAAAAUGAAGUAUUCAUGAUCGACAGGGACAACACGAUCUUCCACAUAGCAAACCUAGAGUUUCCUUUUCGGAAGGAUCCACGUGUUCACCUAUCAAAUACUCUAUUGGACGGGGAGAUGAUCAUCGACAAGGUGAAUGGUCAGCCCGUCCCCCGCUAUUUGAUAUACGACAUCAUCAAAUUCAAUGGACAGCCUGUUGGCCAGUGUGAUUUUGGUAUCCGGCUGUUAUGCAUGGAAAAGGAGAUAAUUUCUCCCCGGAUGGAAAAGAUGAAGACUGGACAGAUUGACAAAACCAAGGAGCCCUUCAGUGUCCGAAAUAAACCCUUCUUUGACAUUCAUGCAGCACGCAAGCUACUGGAAGGCAGCUUCACGUCCCAGGUCAGCCAUGAAGUUGACGGGCUUAUCUUCCAGCCAUGCGGGAGAUACAAGGCUGGGAGGUGUGAUGACAUCCUCAAGUGGAAGCCCCCCAAUCUCAACUCUGUGGACUUUCGCCUCAAGAUCACCAAAGUCGGGGGAGAAGGGCUACUUCCACAGACUGUCGGCUUGCUCUACGUCGGCAGCUAUGACAGGCCCUUUGCAAAGAUGAAGGCCACUAAAGAGCUAAAACAGUACGACAACAAGAUCAUCGAGUGCACCUUCGCCAAUAACACCUGGGUGUUCAUGAGGCAGCGGGUGGACAAGAGCUUCCCCAACUCCUACGAAACAGCGAUGGCUGUGUGUAAAAGCAUCCAGGAGCCCGUCACAAAGGAAAUCCUCUUGGAGUACGUGGACCGCUGUGCUCAAGGAGUCCAAGCCCAGAACCGGAAACACCCACCAGACCCAGACUCUGAGCUAAUGCCCCCUCCUCCUCCAAAGAGACCCAACCGGGCCAUCCCAUAGCCCGCAGCUGGGCUCUCCGGACUGCUCUACAGUCACAGUGUACAUCGACAUCACCAGCCACAUCAACCCCCCUACAGAAAACGGACAUUUCAAGGCUUUCUUACCCUCAGCACACUUGCUUUAUCAGGCUGUACAUGUAAAGACUCCAGAAACCUUUGAUUGACUGCCUCAACGUCAUGAAUUUACCUUGUAGACUUAUUUGUAGCUUUAAUUGCUGGUGUUCUUAUUAAAAUUAAAAACAUGAUGCUUA